UCUCUCUCUCUCUCUCUCUUAUACAAUUAUACACAAAAGACGGUACACUGUGUUUACUAUGUCGUCAGGCCGGAAAGAGGGUUUCGGCAAACAGAAUUCGACAGGGAAGAAACUCGAUGAUCAAUAUGGGCAGAGAAAAGGGUGCACAAGAAGCUGUGAUUUCAGGCUACCGAAGAGGUACGAAUUGGUUUCUCCGAUGAAAUAUCUGAAACAUGCGGUCGAGAAAGUGGCGGCAGUGGUUGCGCGUAUGGUUGCAACAAAGUCAUCGUCUCAUCGGAAUCAUAUUAAAGAAAGGGCAAAGCCAAGCGUUGCGCCGGUACUUGAUUCUCAGAGGGCUGAGGCCAUAGAUGACUGCAUUGAUUUCAUCAAGUCCUCAUCGUCUUUAUCGAUAUCCAAUUCGAAUUCAAUUUCUCACAAUUAGAGUAUACUAGCUAUAGUUUCUUUCUUUUGUAAAACUUGUAUUAUUUUUUACAUGUAUGUAUUUUUCGAUUAAUUGCAUCCCAUUUUUAGUUCUGAU